UUUGUCGACGUCUUAGGUCUGCGGUCAAAAGAUGGAAAUUGUUCAGCUCAUUACUUUAGCUUAUUUACAUUGAUCUGAAGGGAAAAAUGUCCCCGUCCAUCUGAUACCCCUCUACUCCAUCGUGAGAAAGGAGCAGCUCCUUGGAAGCUAAAUAAAUGAGUGAGCAUAGCAUGUGAAUACCCUCACCAAUCAUGGUCCUGUUCAUCAACAUCAACGUGGGUCAAAGGGUAGAGGUCAUCUAUAAGGGUGAAGUUCUUGAGGGGACGGUGAAGUAUAAGGGAGGUCUGACCAAUACUACGGGAGACUGGGUCGGAAUCGAGCUAGAUGAACCGGUUGGUAAACACAAUGGUUUAUACAAAGGGAGGCAGUACUUCAGCUGCAGAAAUAAACAUGGCAUUUUCAUUCAUCCAUCUAGAAUCAGAUUCACUUUUACUAAGAGAGGUCUAUUUGAUACUUACAAGUCAGUAAGCCCGGAAUCAUCAGUUGAAGACACGCUUUUUACAACACAGAAGCCCAAGGUGUUGGAUUACUUUGAUGGGAGAUCCGUGGCUGAAUCCUACUUGAAUACAGCAAGGAGUGGAUUUGAAGAUGAUUCAGAUAUGUGGUUUGCAGGCAAGUCUGCUAGACUCCAUUCCAGGAGCUACAGCGAGUCAUCCACCCCAACCUAUAACCUAGGUCAUCCCAUCGGAGGCCGUGCGAAGCUCAGGAAAGACACCAACGAUGAACGGGACGAGCGUCUAAGGAUACGUCCAAAGUCCGCUCUUGGGUCGACGACGCCAAACCUAUCGGCAAGAAGCCUGAAUUACUCGAUGCUUGGCCAUACAAGGCCCAUGUCCGGGAGACUGAGUGCCUCGUUUGAUAAAGAGACUGGAAGGGCUUCUGUUCUUGGGAGGUCCUUCGGUGGUGAGGAGGAUGUGCCUUUCAUCUCGACGCCGUCCAUACCCAAAACCCACAUGCCGCACACGGCGCUGAGGAAGCAGGAGGUCGUCGGAUGGGGUCUGACGCAUAGACCAAGAGAGUGGACAUUGUAGUCUGAUCUAAGGCCAUCUUUUUGUGAUGCUGUAACUGCGAUGCCCGCAUGUCCAAUCAGAUACAAAACUAUGUCCUGGGCCCAUAACACUAAAAAAUAGCGAUUAAUCGAUAAUUUGAAAGAAGAAUUUGGAUUUGUUCCUCGUCUGUCUGCUGAGCAAAAUGCGCAUGCAACAAGUCUAGACGGGCCAUUUCAUUUAGCGAUUAGUCUGUAACCUUUGUGUUAUGGGGCCCUUGUCGCAUUAGCAUCACUUCAGAAACUUGUUUACCAUAAACAUGGAUAUGCUGUAGCAUACACAUGAAUAGGAAGGAGAGUUUUAGAGAUGAACAAGUGUUUAUAGGGUGACUUGACAUAUCUGCCAAGGAGAGGCUGGGACACGGCAGUUUCAGGAUCCCCAAUAGAGGGCCAAGUAUACAAAUCUCCAGUUGGAGUGAUUAUACAGUGUAUCUCAGAAAAAGGAAACUGAGAUAACAAUUUUUUUUUUUAGCAUGGAAAAAUGAAUUGAUAUACAUGAUUACAAAAUUCAGUUUAUUUUGAUAUAUAAUUUAAAACAUAAAAGCACAUUUGGCAAGAAAACUUGUUUAGGCAACAAAAAACUGGUGUAAGAAUGGCUCAUCAACAUCUAUUGAACAUUAUUGUUGUUUUGUAAUUCACUAAAUGAUCUAUGAAUGAGAGUGGUUGUUCAUGAGUUCCACACAGAUCGUCUGACAGGCCAUGAUUUUUUAUUGGUUAUAAUCUCACAAUUGAAUGAAUCGCCAUGUAUUUUGUGUUUAAUCAAAGAGAAGAUUUUCAUUCUUUUAUUAGUGUCAAAUUUAAAACAAUAUAUUUCUUGCGCUCGAACUGACUUGACUUGAUAUUUGAUAAUUGUGAAUGAUUGCUUUCCCUUUUUCUCGGACACACUGUAUAACUUUGAAAUUGAGUGAAUCAGACCACUUAUACCAGUUUGUCCAAUUGCUUAUGAAAUUGCUUAUGAAAUUGUCUUUCACUUUUCUACAAAAGAUCAUUACAUCUUCUGUGUUUUUAAUAUUUAAUUGCAUGUUGUUAACAUUGUAAUACUAAUUAGUUGAAAAUAGGCCUACAGAUAUUUAAUGCUGUAAUAGUGGUAAUCUUUUAAAGCUUUAAUCAAGUGUGGAUUACUAAUAGCUGACCCCACCUUUUUUUCCUUUGGAAAGAGAUAUUAUUUGGUAGCUUGCUUACCGGGUAUAAAGGCAAAUUCCACCCCAACAGCAAGUUGAUUUGAAUAAGAAGAGAAAUGAGACACUAAAACAUUUCACCCAAUUCAAAUGUGAAAUAGAAGGACCUUGAAAGUUUUGAGCUUUGCUGAAUUUAAAGCAGUUUCAUAACACAUGCUGGUCAGUGUACAAAUAUGGAUUGAUGUGCAUAAAUCACUAUUUUGUGCAAAUAUAUUUCAAAAUGUCAUAAAUGCAUGUAGAAACUAUCAUAUUGGACAUGUACAUCCUAUUUUAAAUUAAUUUUCAUUGUUGAACUGGAACAAUCCCCCCUUUAUUUGAAUAUUUUUUUUCUCAGGGUUGAACAUGACUUUUAACAGGUUGGACAUAUCAAUGAAUGUGUUUGUAUUGUUUACAAAUGUAACAAUUUUCUAGUCUUUUGUGCAUGUGUCCAAGAUUGUAAAAUUGUUAGAAAUAUAGAUCUAUGCAUCCAUACCCAUUCUAGUGGGAACAGAAACUGAAAGUGUGAUAGAAACAGACAAUCAUGAUAUGUAAACAUUUAAAUGUUCAUAUGCAUAUCUGUUGGAUUUGUGAAUUAAGUGUAACAUAUUUAUAAAAAACCCUAACAGUAAAUUUGAUCCACCAGUUAAAAGAACACCUAU